UUUUCCCCCAUCUUAGCUUAUCAUCCCCUCUCUCUAAAUGCUCUCUAUUUUAUUCCAUCAUGUAGCUUGCAGACCUCACAUGGUCAUCAUAAAACAAGCAUAAAAAACCCUAAUUCACUAUAAAUCUAUUGGUUCUUACCCUAUACUUCCUAGCUCCUCUUGUACUACCCUAAUAAUUUUCUUAUCCAUCUUCUUCUUCUUCUUUCUUCCUUUCCCUUCCAACAAAAGAAAAAAAAAAUCAUCAAAAUAAUGGAACGCAACCAAGAAGUUGAUUCUCCAAACUCCAUCAUCCACCAUCACCACCACCACAACAACAACAUGAGUGCGAUGAUAGCAGGUAAUAAUAAUAAUAAUAAUUACUCUGCUUCAUCAUCCUCGAAUUCUCCAACAACCCUAAGUCGAUACGAGAAUCAAAAGCGUCGCGAUUGGAACACGUUCGGUCAGUACUUAAGAAACCACAGGCCACCACUAUCUCUCACACGUUGUAGUGGGGCACAUGUUCUUGAAUUCCUUAGGUACCUUGACCAGUUUGGAAAGACUAAGGUACACACACAACUUUGUCCAUUUUUUGGACACCCAAAUCCACCAGCACCAUGUCCAUGUCCAUUACGUCAAGCUUGGGGUAGCCUUGAUGCACUCAUUGGACGUCUUCGUGCUGCUUAUGAAGAAAAUGGUGGGAAACCUGAAACUAAUCCAUUUGGAGCAAGGGCGGUUAGGCUUUACCUUCGCGAAGUUCGCGAUUCACAAGCUAAAGCUAGAGGUAUAAGUUAUGAAAAAAAGAAACGUAAAAAAACAAAUCCACAACUACAACAACAACAUGAAGUCAUACAUCAAUCAUCGUCCUCCUCCCUGGCUCCACCAUCUGGAAAUUCAAGCUAAUAAUAAGAUCUGUUUUUACUAACAAAUCUUAUUUACUAGCAUAUUUUUCUGAUAUUGUAUGGUAUGUUAUUAAUUCUAGUAGCUGUUUUAAAAAAAAAAAAAUGGAACUUGAAAUUGGAAGUUGGAACCCUUUUUUUCCCCCUACUAUUACUUAGUACUAAGUACUAUUUAUGGGUAUUGAAACAUUGAUCUUGAUCAGUA